CGCCAGACAGACCGUCAGAUUGUCCUUGAGCUGCAGAAGCACAUCGACACAAGUCACUAUGGCAUCGGACGUACCAAAUUUCUCGAAAUCCGCCAAGCAAUGGGCCUUCACCGGACCCGCCAGCAAGCUCAUACUGUUGAGUCGAUUCGCAAUGCAAUGAUCGAGUUACAUGCAAUCUAUCCAAAUGCAGGUGCACGUGAAAUGGCAAGUUUGCUGUUUCAUGAGAAGGAUAUGAGCGUGGCUAGGAGUGUCCUAGUAUCAUAUUUUGCUAGGUUUGAACCUGGCCUUGUCCGCGAGCGUAAGGCACGUCGCCUUCGAAGAAGGCGAUUCUGGGCCGCGGGUGUAAAUGAUUUGUUUGCAGUCGACCAGCACAAUAAAUGGCUCAAGUUUGGUCUGGGGCUGCACACGGGUAUUGAACCAUUCUCUGGCCGCAUUAUGUGGAUCAGAGUCUGGCAUUCUAACAGAAAUCCACAGUUGAUUCUUAGCUAUUAUCUUGACACAAUUGAAGAACUUGGCCAUAUGCCUAUGGUCACACAAAGUGACCCAGGUUCUGAAAACUUUGGCAUUGCCAAUGCUCACACGAUGUUACGACAAUGGCAUGACCCGGAUUUGCACGGCACGCUCCAACAUCGCUGGAUGCGCAACAAGAAGAAUGUCAUGCCGGAGAUCACCUGGUCUCAACUGCGGCGUCGUUUCACCCCAGGCUUCGAAAGUCUACUGGAUCACGGCGUCAACACAGGCUGGUAUAAUACUAACAACACUGUUCAAGUACUAGUUUUCCGUUGGGUCUUUAUUCCGUGGCUCCAGCAGGAGCUAAAUGCUUAUCGAGAUCGCAUCAACAACUCUGCAAAACGGCGUGACCGCAAUAAGAUUCUCCCACAUGGCGUCCCCAAUCUCAUCUACGAGGCAGCUGAAGACUUUGGGGCCUUAGAUUUCAAGAUCAAACUCGAACGAGAGGCCCUAGGCCAUGUACGAAGUGCCUACAUCAAGCCUUCACAUCAAGUAUUUGAUCUGGUCCCUCAGGCAUUUGGGGAAUACAUUGCGCAACUCUAUGAUCAACUGGGUCGCCCAGCAGUUACACGACAAUCAGCUUGGGAUAUUUAUCUCCAGCUGUUGGACCUAUUGCAGCACGCUGAUGAGCUGCCACCACAGAUUGAGCUCCUAGACAGCAGCGAAGAUGAAGAAGUUGUCCCGCUUUUGGACAAUUACAAGGACUUACCUCCAUCCAACGACGCAUAUUAUAUGGGGGGUGUGAAUGGAGGACUCGGCAUGGAUACCGAACACCAUCGUCAAUUGGACAGUUUUGAACGUGAUGAUGAACCGGAAUUGACAGGAGUGGAGGAAGUCUUUGAACUGGAUGAUGCUGGCUUAGUUGUCUCGGAGUUCUCAGAUUGUGAAGAUGAUGAUGGUUCCGCAGACGAAUGGUAAUUGUCUCAUUCAUCUCAGUAUACUAGUUAGAUUUCUUGUACAAUUCAGACGCACACUUGUUUGCAUUCCGAACCACAUCAGCGUGGGGCGAUAAAACGUAUCUCCAGCGGUGUACAGGGUCCUAUGCCCUUAAAUGGAUGCGUGACACUGAUUUGAGAGCACGGACGUUAGGCUUUCCAUAGUUUAGUAGCAACG